CAGGUCUGGUCAAGUCUGGUUAGGUCUGGUUAGGUCUGUUAGUCCUGGUUAAGCUGGGUAGAGUGUUUUCCAGUAAUCUUUUACGUUGUUAACUCACAUUACAGGUUUUAAUUUGCACGACCAGAACUUUAAUGCUCACGCUGAAUGUAAACGUGGAGCCUCUGGUCCAGUGAAGCUCAGUUUUAUAUCACAACGUGUAAAAUCCUCCUCCAGUAAUAUCAAAACAGCAGAUCUUCAGACAGUCGGACACACAGAUCAUUGAUCCAUCAGGUGGUUAAUCAGACGUCGUGACCUCAAACUGAACGUCAAACACAAACCAAUCAAGCAAAAAAUUUGGCCUGAUUCUAAAAUUAUGUCUAGUUCUCAUUACAUGAAUUUAGCAUAGAUAUGCAGUAUACAGUACAUACUGCGUUCCUCAGUAGUAUGAAACAGUUAAAGUGAUGUAUUUAGCAGAAUGCUAGGCCAGGCUUUAGCCUUUAAACCAGCUCUUAAAGCACUGGACAAAAAAACUAACUUGUACCACUAUUACAAUAUUACUGAAAAAUACAACUUAGAUUUUUUUUUUUGUUAGCUUACUUUAUAAGAUCCUGCAGGUUCAGCUCCACCACCCCUUAAACUAUUAUUAUACUUAAUUUAUGUUUAACAUAAACAAAUAUUUGAGUUGGGCUACACUGAAGCAUUCUUCUCAUUGAGUAGUUGAAGCAGCUGAAAAGGCUUUUGAAGCAGUUAUUUAAAGGGAAAAUAAGACCAUUUUUCAUGUGAAAGAAGGUUAUAUAUAUUAAAGGUUGUUUUAUAAAUUAGUCUGAUUGAAUAUGUGUUUAAUGAAAUGCUGAAUGACUUUAAAACAGCUCAGUUAUUUUAUAUAAUGAAGAGGUCUAACAGCAAAAACUAAAUAAACUAAAACACCUCUAUCGGCCAAAUUGUUAUUUUAAACAUCGUAAUCAGCCCAGAAUGUUGCAGUCGGUGCAUCUGUAAUUUUCUCCACUAAACAGUCUAAUAUUUAAAAUAUUCUACAAUAAACUGAACUGGAGGUCGAGCUUCAUUUUAAAUAAUAACAUUUUGGAGAUGUGGUCUCUUCACCAUCGUCAUCGUUGUUUGAAUAAAGCUGCAGCCGCAAACAAACCGCAAAACAAACAAACACCUACAGGAAGUUUAAGGUUUCCAUUCCCCUCUUCAGAGGAAAAAGAUCACAGAUCAGUCGAGGAGAAAGGCGACUUCCCCGGGACGUACGUGGAGUUCAUUGGCAGAAAGAGGAUGUCCCCGCCCACACCGAAGCCCCGCCCAGCCAGGCCGCCGUCUGCAGCGUCUGUGAGGACCGACUCUGAGUCAGAGGGAUUCGUGUUGCCGGACCUCCCGGAGCAGUUUGGACCUCCGGACACGGCCCCCCCGCUCCUCAGCAGACUGAUAGAGGCCAUUGAGACUAAAGGUCUGGAAAGUCCCAAUCUGUACCGCGGUCUGAGCGGAGGAGGUCUGGACACCCGGCAGCUGACCGACGCUGACCUGGAGCAGCUGGAAGUGUCGUCGCUGUGUGACGGGGUGUUCCGGUUCCUACAGGAUCUGCCCGGUCCCGUCCUCCCGUCCUCGCUGCAGGCCGACAUGAUCCACGCAGUUCAAGAGGUCCGGGACCUGGAGGAAUGUGCCCAGGUGCUACGGGGGGUGGCCAGCUCGCCGACCUGCCCGGCCCAGUACGGCCUCACCCUGCUCAGCGUGGUCCGACACCUGGCCCGGCUCUGCCUGCACAGCGCCAAGAACCAGCUGAGCCCCCGAAGCCUGGCGGAGAGCUUCAGCCCACCGCUGUUCAGACAGGCUGCAGGGUCUGAAUCCAGUCUGGAUCCUCUGGUUCAGGUCCUGGAGGUUCUGAUAACCAGCGAGCUCAACAUGAACCAGGCUGCACCAGCGUUGCCUCCGAAACCGGUCAAGCCUGCGACUCCAGCACCUUCCUGUAGCUUCAACAACAGUAUUUCCCUGACGGACGCCGAGUGGUACUGGGGAGACAUCUCCAGAGAGGAGGUGAACGAGAAGCUGAGAGACACGGCUGACGGUACGUUCCUGGUUCGAGACGCCUCCACUAAGAUGCACGGAGAUUACACUCUGACUCUGAGGAAAGGAGGCAACAACAAGCUGAUAAAGAUCUUCCAUCGGGAGGGAAAGUACGGCUUCUCCGACCCUUUGACCUUCAGCUCCGUGGUGGAGCUCAUCAACCAUUACCGCCACGAGUCCCUCGCCCAGUACAACCCCAAACUGGACGUCAAGCUGCUCUACCCGGUCUCCAAACACCAGCAGGACCAGGUGGUGAAGGAGGACAGCAUCGAGGCUGUGGGGAAGAAGCUCCACGAGUAUCACCUUCAGUACCAGGAGAAGAACCGAGAGUACGACCGGCUGUACGAGGAGUACACCAGAACCUCACAGGAGAUCCAGAUGAAGAGGACGGCCAUUGAGGCGUUCAACGAGACGAUAAAGAUCUUCGAGGAGCAGUGUCAGACUCAGGAGCGUUUCAGUAAAGAGUACAUCGAGAAGUUUCGCCGAGAGGGCAACGACAAGGAGAUCCAGAGGAUCAUGGAGAACUACGACAAGCUGAAGUCUCGGAUCAGUGAGAUCGUGGACAGUAAGCGUCACCUGGAGGUGGACCUGAAGACACAGGCCGCCGACUACAGAGAGAUCGACAAGAAGAUGAACAGCAUCAAACCGGACCUGAUCCAGCUCCGCAAGACCCGGGACCAGUACCUCAUGUGGUUGACUCAGAAGGGAGUCCGUCAGAGGAAACUCAACGAGUGGCUCGGCCUGAAGAACGAAACCACGGAGGAUGAGUACAGCAUGGUGGAGGAUGAGGAGGACCUUCCUCACCACGACGAGCGUCUGUGGCGUCUCGGAAACAUCAACCGCCUCCAGGCGGAGUCUCUGCUCCGCGGGAAGAGGGACGGGACCUUCCUGGUCCGAGACAGCAGCAAGCCGGGCUGCUACGCCUGCUCCGUCGUGGUGGAGGGCGAGGUGAAACAUUGCGUCAUCAACAAGACGAGCACCGGUUUUGGUUUCGCCGAGCCCUACAACCUGUACGGCUCUCUGAAGGAGCUGGUGCUGCACUACCAGCACACCUCGUUGGUCCAACACAACGACUCGCUCAACGUCACGCUGGCCUUCCCCGUCUACAGCCAGCAGAGACGGUGACCCGCCCGGUCCCCCCCCCCCAUCCAUACUGCCGCCGUGGACCAGCUGCAGCACCAGAACACGACCACGUGACCCGUCUAACGACAGUAAACCGUCCUGGUGCUGCACGUUAAAGGCUUCCUUACAUCCCGUCAGAACGGUGGAAAUCUAAAACUAAUACUUUAAUGUGAACGUCGUCACGUGGAGCUUUAACUUCAGGACUUCAGUUUAAAUAUGGUUCAGUUAUCAGCUGAUCUGUAGCUGAAGAUCAAUUCAUUUGACUCAUCACAGACGGAGACGACGCUGGAGGUCGGGAUCACAGGGGAACCUCCGGUCCGGUCUGGUGUUCGGAUUAAUAUCCAACCGGCUGGAACAUUUUUACACCGUUCCAACUCUUUAAUUCACCGUCUACAAACAAAACUACAACACAUGGAUGAAAGGUUCAGAUUUAAACAACAGUUAGAUGAGUUGUGCUGCGUACGGUUUGAUGUCAACACUUUAAUAAACUGAGACGCUUUAUUUUGUUACAACAAGCUAACGGGACCGUUAGCUUAAAUACGGAAACAAACACCUGACGGAAGAGACCCGUUCAGGUUCACGUAUCAGAAACCCAUGUGAUCAUCUUUUAAUGCUUUCUGUCUGAGGAGGAACGAGGUACCGGACCGCCAGACGUCUCCUCGUUUAGUCUGCGGGAGGUCAGAGGUCAGAGGUCAGACGGACUGGACUACUCAUCCUUUAAUCAUGACACUGAUCCAGACCGCUUCAACUGAGCAGAACCACAGCUAUGGACUGAUGAUGAUGAUGAUGAUGAUGAUGAUGAUGAUGAUGAUGAUGAUGUCAAAGACAAGAGGGCGAACAGUCCAGAGAGGCUUCUCUUGUAUGAACACUGUGAGCGACUGAACGAGGUUUAUAACGACGCCGAAUCAACGGAGCCACGUUUUUAUACGUCAGGAGAAAAAUACACCAGAAACCUGAAUCAUCCAAAGACCCGAACCCGACCCGACCCC